AUGUCCCAGGAGAGGAUCAUUCUUGGCCCAGCCAUGAAUAACUGUGUGCUCCUGGAGGAACAGCUAAUAAAAAAAUCCCAGCAGAAGAGAAGGACUUCACCCUCCAACUUUAAAGUGCGCUUCUUUGUCUUAACCAAAUCUAAGCUGGCUUACUAUGAACAUCGCCAUGGGAAAAAAAGGACUUUGAAGGGUUCUGUAGAGCUUUCAAGGAUUAAAUGUGUGGAAAUUGUCAAAAGUGACAUCAUCAUCCCCUGUCAAUAUAAAUACCCUUUCCAGAUCAUCCAUGAUAACUACAUACUCUAUGUGUUUGCACCCAAUCGCGAGAGUCGGCAGAGAUGGGUCUCUACACUGAAGGAAGAAACCAGGAACAACAACAGUUUAGUCUCAAAGUAUCAUCCAGACUUUUGGAUAGAUGGCAAGUGGAGAUGCUGUGCUCAGACAGAGAAGAUGGCAGUUGGCUGUAUAGAGUAUGACCCCACCAGAAAUGCCUCAAAGAAGCCACUUCCUCCCACUCCUGAAGAUAACUGGAAAUUGUUGCUAGACACAAAGGAAGCCUUAGUCAUGGCCAUAUACGACUAUGAAGCCCAGAACCCGCAGGAGCUGACGUUACAAUACAAUGAGGAAUAUUAUGUGAUUGACAGCUCUGAGGAACAUUGGUGGCUGAUUCAAGAUAAGAACGGGCAUGAAGGCUAUGUGCCAAGUAGCUACCUGGCAGAAAAAUCACCUGAGAAUCUGCAAAUAUAUGAAUGGUACAAUAAGAACAUCAGCAGAAGCAAAGCAGAAAUGCUCCUCAAGGAUGAGGGUAGGGAAGGUGCCUUCAUGGUGAGAGACUCGAGGCAGCCUGGCAUGUACACAGUCUCUGUUUUCACCAAAGCAUUAAGCACGGAUAACAAUCCUGUUAUAAAACAUUAUCACAUCAACGAAACAACAGACUUUCCCAAGCGAUAUUAUUUGGCAGAAAAGCAUGUGUUUGACUGCAUCCCUGAACUCAUCAACUAUCACCAGCACAAUGCAGGAGGCCUUGUCACUCGUUUGCGAUAUGCAGUCUCUUCUUGGAGGAAAAAGGCCCCAAUCACCGCAGGUCUGAGCUAUGGAAAAUUGGUCAUUAAUCCCUCAGAGCUCACCCGUGUACAGGAAAUUGGCAGUGGUCAGUUUGGGGUGGUUUACCUUGGCUACUGGCUGGAGAAAACAAAAGUAGCCAUAAAGACCAUUCGUGAAGGAGCAAUGUCUGAAGAGGAUUUUAUUGAGGAAGCUAAAGUAUUGAUGAAGCUGUCUCAUUCCAAACUAGUCCAGCUUUAUGGCGUGUGCUUUGAGAACACUCCCAUAUGCCUGGUGUUUGAGUUCAUGGAGCACGGUUGCUUGUCUGACUACCUCAGGAGCCAGCGGGGCACUUUUUCUAAAGAAACCCUCCUGGGGAUGUGCCAAGAUGUGUGCGAAGGAAUGGCUUAUCUGGAAGAAAAUUCUGUUAUCCACAGAGACCUGGCUGCUCGGAACUGUCUGGUGGGGGAAUCCCAAGUGGUCAAAGUGUCUGACUUCGGGAUGUCGAGGAUUGUCCUUGAUGAUCAGUACACCAGCUCCACGGGCACCAAGUUUCCAGUCAAAUGGUCUGCCCCAGAGGUUUUCUCCUACAGCAACUACAGCACCAAAUCAGACGUUUGGUCAUUUGGAGUGCUGAUGUGGGAGGUCUUCAGUGAAGGUAAAAUGCCCUAUGAGAACCGCACCAAUGGAGAAGUGGUGGAAGAAAUCAAUGCAGGAUUUCGGCUCUACAAACCCAAGCUGGCCUCCAAGGCUAUUUAUGAGGUCAUGAGCCACUGCUGGAGCAUGAGGAAAGAAGACCGCCCAUCCUUUUCUCUUCUGCUCUAUCAGCUGAGUGAAAUCUCUGAGUGUGAUCUGUAA